GCCCAGACUUUUUAUCCGAAAUGGCGGCUACUCAAAGUCUGAAACUUUAGAGCUCCGGCGCCGCCAUGAAAUCCACUCACCUCUUCCACCUCUCCCCCCAAUUCCCCGCCGUAAAUCCCAACCCAUCUUCUUCUUCGAUCAAUCUGCUCCGUCUCUGCAAGUUCAGCUCCGUUUCCCUCGCCUCGCCUCCCAAGCCCUCCCGCUUGAUCACGCUUUGCGCUUCCACUCCCGACAAGCCUUCGUCGGAAUCGCAACCUGCGGAGUCCAUCAGGGAAGGGUUCCUUCGAUUUGAAAACGACCCGUCGCAGAGUCAGUGGAAUGUGGAAGUCGGAAGCCAAAAGAUUGCGGCUCCGUCCGUGGCGAAGCUGAGCUUGGGCGACCAGGCUUUCUUUCUCAUGGCUUUCAUUGCCUGCACGACAUCAGUGGCAUUUACGAGCCUUGUAAUUGCAGCUGUCCCGGCAAUAUGUGCAAUGGGGAGAGCUGCAACAUCUCUUUCAAAGCUGGCAGAUACAGCUCGUCAAGAACUCCCCAGUACUAUGGCUGCCAUUAGGCUCUCUGGCAUGGAAAUAAGUGAUCUCACACUGGAAUUGAAUGACCUAAGCCAAGAGAUAGCUGAUGGUGUCAGCAAAUCCACUCAAGCUGUUCAAGCAGCAGAAGCUGGGAUUCGGCAGAUUGGCUCACUUGCUCGGCAGCAGACUAUGUCCAUGAUUCAAGAGAGGGCAAAUUUGCCAGUAAUCUCUUUGCAACCUGCCGUGAUUGGAGCAGCAAAGAAGACUUCUCAUGCUGUUGGCCAAGUAACUAAGAAGUUCGUGAAUAUAAUCUCUCAAAGGGACUCAGAGAAUGAGGAUGACAUUGGAAUUGAUAGGGUGGAAAUUUGAGUUUGCUGUAUAUACUAGCAGAACUCUAUUUUCUGGAACUCUGUGCACAUACUUGUAUGUACCUCAAUAUUUCAAAUUGGGGUGGACAUGAACACCUUGCAGAAACGUUUGAAUAUCGGUUGCUACUAAAAGCUUUUGCAUUUUGAAGUUUGAACAGCUUGUAGAGCAUGGGGGAGGACCUUAAUUAUUGUCAUGAGGAAAGGAAAAGUAAGCAGUUGAGGCACGUUUGUUCCAUAGAAGUCCCUAUGAUCCCGUUGCAGUUGUGGUUCUCCUGUCUGUAUCAAAGCUGUCAAAGUUCCUGUUACCUGUUGCCAUGGUGGUUCAUUUCUAUUGUAAGAUCCUAUGUGCCCUUCAUUUGGAUUAACUUGACGCUCUUAUACAAUUACAAGGCUCUGAAAUUAGAACAUGGGAAAUAUGUCCGAAAUGAAUUCAUAACAGCGUAAGUGCGUAAGGCUUUGUUCAUGCAUCGAAACAACUGCAAUUGCGUGUUAUCUAUGGUCUGUCCUUGGUUUUUAUCUGAAAUUAGUCAAUUUUAUGCCA